AUGUCCCUUCCAGCCAUUAGACGGUUGACCCACUCGUCUCCCCGCACUUUGGCCCGCAUCCCCAUCUCCAGACUUCAUUUCGCUUCUCCUUCUCCCAUCACCUCCUUUCCACGCGUCGCUACUUCUUCUGCUCCUAAAUUCUCAACUAUGGCUGCUCGUCAAUCAGCUGCGCCGGCUGCUCCGGCAGACAAGGCCUAUGAUCCUGAGAUCCAGGAUAUGGCCAAGUACAUCCACGAGUACAAGGUGGAUUCCGACCUGGCUUUCGACACUGCCCGCCUGGUUUUCCUCGAUACCCUCGGCUGCGGUCUUGAGGCCCUGAAAUUCAAAGAGUGUGCAAAGCUCCUCGGCCCCACCGUAGAAGGGACGGUCGUUCCCCACGGAAGCCGUGUUCCCGGUACCCCAUACCAGCUGGACCCCAUCAACGGCGCCUUCAACAUUGGUGCUAUGAUCCGUUGGUUGGAUUACAAUGACUGCUGGCUCGCUGCUGAAUGGGGUCACCCCUCCGAUAACCUGGGUGGUAUUCUGGCUGUGGCUGACUGGAUCUCCCGCACCAACCGCGCGGGCGGCAAUCUGGGCAAUGGCAAGAUUCUGACUAUCCGCGAUGUUCUGGAGGCUAUGAUCAAGGCCCAUGAAAUCCAGGGUGUUUUGGCUCUGGAGAACUCCUACAACAAGGUUGGCCUUGACCACGUUGUUUUGGUUAAGGUUGCAACCACCGCUGUUGUCUCGAAGAUGCUCGGUCUUACCGAGAAGCAGACUGCCGAUGCUAUCACACAGGCUUGGGUUGAUGGCCAGUCUCUGCGUACUUACCGUCACUCUCCUAAUACCAUGUCGCGUAAGUCGUGGGCUGCCGGUGAUGCUUGCCAGCGUGCCGUGAACCUUGUUCUCAAGGUGCAGAAGGGUGAGGGUGGUUUGCACACUGUGCUUUCUGCUCCUACUUGGGGUUUCUACGAUGUCUUGUUCAAGGGCAAGAAGUUCGAGUUCCAGCGCCCUUACGGCAGCUACGUUAUGGAGAAUGUUCUCUUCAAGGUUUCCUACCCAGCUGAGUUCCACUCCCAGACCGCCAUUGAGUGUGCCCAGGCCAUCAACAAGAAGCUCGCCGAUAUGGGCAAGAGUGCCAAGGACAUCAAGGAGAUCACCAACCGCACACACGAGGCCUGUAUCCGUAUCAUCGACAAGCAGUUCAAGGCCAUGGACAACUUCGCCGACCGCGACCACUGCGUCCAGUACAUGGUCGCUACCAUGCUUGUCUUCAACCGUCUGACCGCCACCGACUACGCCGACGGCUCCGAAGCCGCCACUUCUCCUCUCCUGGAGGACCUCCGCAAGCGCAUCCGCUGUGUGGAGGAUGAGCAGUUCACCAAGGACUACCACAACCCCUCCAAGCGUACCAUCCCUAACGCUCUGACCGUUACCCUGCACGACGGCACCGUCCUCGAGGAGGUUGUCGUUGAGGCUCCUCUCGGACACCGUCUGCGUCGCGAGGAGGCCAAGCCCGAGAUUCUGGCUAAGUACAAGCGUCACCUCCAGGCGCACUUUGACCAGUCUCGCAUCGAUGAGCUGCUCAAGGUGGGCUGGGACCGCCAGGCGCUUGAGAACUACGAGGUUGACAAAUAUGUUGACCUCUAUGUUAAGGAUAAGAUGGUUGCUUCUGCCUAG